AUGUCUGCACUCAGGCAAAACUCUGAUGAUGAAGAAGUGUGUACUGAGGACCUAGAUGAAGAUGAAAUCCUGGCAAACCUGUCCCCCGAGGAGCUAAAGGAGCUGCAGUGUGAGAUGGAAGUCAUGGCCCCAGACCCUGAAGUCCCAAUUGGGAUGAUACAGAGGGAUCAGACGGAGAAACCCCCAACGGGGAGCUUCGACCACAGGUCCCUGGUUGACUACCUGUACUGGCAGAAGGCAUCCAGACGCAUGCUUGAGGAUGAGAGAGUUCCUGUCACCCUCUUGCCCUCUGAGAGAAGUGGUGCGGAGGAGGUGGAAGAAAAGGACGGAGGCAGCGGCAGGAGGGUGCCAGGAGCAGAGGGAAAAGAGAGACAUUACAAAAACGAGCACUUGUCCAACUCAGGAACACAAUCUUGGGAGACAAAGAAGGAUGGGAGUGAUGAGGAGAGAAAAGAGGAGGAGGAGGAUGAAGAAGAAGAGGAAGAUGAUGAUGAUGAUGAAGACGAGGAGGAAGACGAAGAUGAGACUGAACUAGAAACAAAGGAGACUUACACCAGUGAGAACCGUCACAGUAAUCAGAUAAGUAAGAAACCAGGUACAGAAUCAGGAGAAGGCACAGAAAAGCCAAAUGAAAAGAAGAUAUCAAAACUAAACAUCCCCCAAAAGUUAGCACUGGAUACGAGCUUCAUGAAGAUAAGUGCCAGGCCUUCAGGAAACCAAACCAAUUUAGAAGAGAGUCUGGAGAAAGUCCGAAAAAAUAACCCAGACAUGAAAGAGCUCAACCUGAACAACAUAGAAAACAUCCCCAAAGAAAUGCUGAUAGACUUCGUCAAUGCCAUGAAAAAGAAUAAGAACAUAAAAACAUUCAGCUUGGCCAACGUGGGGGCCGAUGACAACGUGGCUUUUGCGCUGGCCAACAUGCUGCGGGAGAACAGGAGCAUCACCACGCUGAACAUCGAUUCCAAUUUCAUCUCUGGCAAAGGGAUCGUUGCCAUCAUGAGAUGCCUCCAGUACAAUGAGACGCUGACGGAGCUCCGCUUUCACAACCAGCGGGGCAUGCUGGGCCACCAGGCAGAAAUGGAGAUCGCCAGGCUGCUGAAAGCCAACGCCACCCUCCUUAAAAUGGGGUAUCACUUCGAACUGCCGGGGCCCAGGAUGGUGGUGACCAACCUGCUCAGCAGAAACCUGGACAAGCAGAGGCAAAAGAGGCAAGAAGAGCAAAGGCAGCAGCAAAUGAAAGAGCAGAAGGAGUUGAUAGCGAUGCUGGAAAAUGGACUUGGGUUGCCUCCUGGCAUGUGGGAGAUGCUGGGGGGACCGCUGCCCCAGCUGAGGAUGCAUGAACCCCCGCAAGCCCCAAAACCAUCUGACCCUAUGGCUAUGUCUCUGAGCAAAAGGCAGGAGAGCGCAAGGCAGCCGGCCCCCGAGCAGCCGAGCAGGGAGAAGCCUGUUGAAUUCAGAGUGGUCAAGCUGAAGAAGAUUCAGCGCAAACCCGCUGUGCCUGACUACGUGGAACCCACCGAGAAAACCAACCUCAAAGACGUCAUCAAAACACUUAAGCCAGUCCCCAGGAGAAGGCCACCUCCCCUGGUCGAAAUAACCCCAAGAGAUCAGCUACUAAACGACAUUCGUCAGAGCAACGUCGCUUAUCUUAAACCGGUGCCAUUGCCAAAGCAGCUGGAGUGA